AUGAUGGAGGAGAUCGACUUUGAAUUGUGUCUGGGCGUCGAGAAGCAUUACCAGGCGGCCAUCGCUCAUCAUGAGAAGAUGACCACGUCUUCUGAUAACGUGAGCGAAACGACUACACCGAACCUGAAAAGUCCCUGCUUGCACGAGAGACAGAUUGAUGAACACGAGCAGGGAGGAGACAAAGCAUGUGAACGUAAGACAGAGGCAGGAGGUGAACGUUGUGCGCAGUCGAAUAAGAGGACCAAGAUCUCGGCGUCUGGGAAUUGGCGUGAAGGGAAUCAGACACGGCCUGUCACGGGAGUUGCUUUGUGCUCUAUCGAAUCGUCAUUUCCUAGCCUGUUCUCGUCCUCUUCUACCGAGACGGUCGACAUGUCUAUGACUGCGACUGGCCGCGACUCCUCCAACCGCGAUGAGAAGGAGCAAGACGAAGAGCGGUCCAACACCUCUUCAACACUGAGCAGCACUUUUGGAAACCUCCACAUCCACGAACACGGUGCUCCCCCAUCUAGCGAAAGUGGCUUCACCAUCUAUGAAGACCCAGAGGACAGAGUGAUCCGUGACUUUGGCUUCUACCUCCCGGAGCACUGGUACAGGUAUCCGGAGGAUGAUAAGGAGAAUACAGAUACACUCGACGAUGAGGACGAAGACAUUAGUACCGAGGAGUUCGAACUGUCCGACGGAGGAGAGGAGACAAAUCACCAGCGGGCCCGUCGUCGUCAACACUUUGGUCACUCGCAGGGUACGAGGAUGUACUAUUAUCACGACGUCCAUUGGAGCAGCCCAAGCAUCUCUGUGGAUGAUUAUAUGGACACAGGUGGAGGAGAAAUAAUGCUUACAGAAAGAAGUCCGCGUAAUCACAGUCUUGGUAGCAGGACGGUCUGGUUCAAUGAAGAUGAGGAACCUUCUUCUUUUCGGGAAGUCAGAGGAGAAGCGGCGGAAACCAUGUCGUUUCUUGGGGCUCCUCCGCGGCGGUUCUUGGGUGGACGUCGAUAA